AUGCAUUUCGGGUCGGACGCGGUAGUUUCGGGGUGGGGAGUGGUGUCGACGCCGCUGGUGGAGAGGAGCGUGAGGCUGAAUGCGAUCAGCGUGGGGAACAAGAGGUUUGAAUUCGCUAGCCUUUCGCGAGGAGCAAACAUGGCGAUGGACUCGGGGUGGGUGACGACGCUGCUCCCGGUUCGUUUGUACGAUGAAUUGGAGGUGGAGAUUGCGAACUCGAUCCCGCAGAGGGCGGUCAGGGAUUUUAAAGACUGGCGGCUGUGCUACUCGGAGAAGUUUGUCAUGCCGAAGAUCACGAUGCAUUUCCGAGGGGCGGAUGUGGAGUGGAAGCACGAGAAUGCUUUUGUUAGAGUCAAUCAGGAUUAUGAGUGCUUGGUGAUGGACAAUGGUUUUCAUAUUUACGGCGGCGUUGCUCAGGUUAACUACUUGGUAGGAUUUGAUGUCACCAGGAAGACGGUGUCCUUCAAGUCUGCUGAGAUAUAA